UUCUUUUCAGUCAGACUGGACUUUGAAAAUAAGCAACAGAUAGACAGUAACAGAGAAAUACAACACUGAAUGUAUCCCAAUAAUAAAUUUGGGACCAGGACCAGAAAGAGUUUCACUUUCCGUAUGUGGCUCAGUGGAGUUGAUGACUGUUCGUCUUUUUCACUUCUUGAACCGCUGUUGUUUCUGCAGGUCGGACAGGAUGGAGAGGAGUCGCCGUUCACGCUACACCGCCCCUCUUCAACGUCACGCGAGUAAAUCUAGGUUAUCGCUUAGUUCCGACGCCCUGGGAUCCCUCAAGCAGCUGGAGCUCAAGGACGCUGAGAACCCAAGAGAAUACUGUUAUGGUGGGUAUCACCAUGUGCAGAUUGGCGACACGUUCAACAGAAGAUACAAGGUGCUCUCCAAGCUCGGCUGGGGAUACUUCGCCACAGUGUGGUUCUGCGUGGACCUUAGUUUGGGUCGGCAUGUUGCAGUGAAAAUUCUGAAGAGCGGAGCUGCUUUCGCUCAAGCAGGACAGGAUGAACUUACUCUCCUACGAUGUACCGCUGGUCCCACUAGCCAACAUCCACACAGUCAAAGGAUUGUCCGUCUUCUGGAUGAGUUCAAGCUGGCUGGAGACAAUGGCGUUCAGCUGUUGGACACGUGUCUUGUAAUGGAGGCGCUCGGACCAGACCUGAGGAGCUUGCAGAUGCGCUCUGGGAACACCCGACUGUUGCAGCCAUAUGUCAAACAGAUAGUCACCCAGGUUCUGCAAGGUUUGGAUUACCUUCACACUCAGUGUAAAAUCAUCCACACAGACAUCAAGCCAGAGAACAUCCUGCUGUGUCCAAAAGAGACUGGACCAGUAUUUAACAGCACUGUGUCCAGUGGACUAAAAGGAAAUGAGGCUGACACCACAGGAAAACAGGACCUGAUUCCCGGUGUGUUUCAUGAUGCCACAGUGAAAAUUGCUGACCUAGGCAGUUCAUGCUGGGUGUACAAACAUUUCUGUGAGGAGAUCCAGACUCGUCAGUAUCGCUCACUGGAGGUCUUACUGGGCUCUGACUAUGGCCCACCAGCAGACAUCUGGAGCGUCGCCUGCAUAGCCUUUGAGUUACUCACAGGAGACGCUCUGUUUGAACCCAAAGCAGGCGCCUCCUUCUCUCUAGAGGAAGAUCACAUAGCCCAGAUCAUGGAGCUGCUCGGUAAAAUCCCACCAGCCGUCGCUAUGUCUGGGAAAUACUCUGCAGACUACUUCAACCACAGAGGCAACUUGCGACGUGUUGGACCAUUGAGGAUCUGGAGUUUGUAUGACGUUCUGGUGGAGAAAUACCACUUCCUCUUGGACGAGGCCACCACUUUUUCUGACUUCUUACUUGACAUGUUGGAUUAUUACCCAAAGAGGAGGGCCACUGCAGCACAGUGCCUCCUUCACCCUUGGCUGAACUCCUGAUGUAACUGGCUGGAAAGACCAGCCCUUCCACAAGCUCUCACAGACUUGAUGGCAGAUUCGUAAUGGUGAUGUUAGGCCAAUGUCAGAUUUAGCACAUUUCUUCGCCAUUGCAAACUCGACCCACACUAAUAAUCUGAUCUCAUCCAUCCAUCCAUCCAUCCAUCCAUCCAUCCAUCCAUCCAUCCAUCCAUCCAUCCAUCCAGUUUCAUCACCAGUUAACAAACCUCCUUGAUUUAAUAUGAUUUUAUAUAUGUUUUUGAAACAACCUCCCAAAAUGUUGAUCGUGAUUAUCAUAUAAAUGUACAUUGUUUUUCCACUAUUCUCUGUUGUGGCAGUGAGUAUUUUAAAUGGAAAAAGGUUUCUAGGCCAGGAGGUGAGAUGUGGCCAUGUCACGGAGGAAGCUCACCGAGAACCAGCCGCCAUGAAUACGACUACUUAUAUAACAAAGUAGAAUCAAUUCAUAUAACCUGAAGUGAAUGAUGUAGGCUACUCACGCAAAGCAGUAGGAGCCAAAGUUGUGGCAAUAACACGGCCUCGUCUGUCACAGCCUCUUCUGAACAAAUCCCCUUGUAGUACCUACUUGUCCUUAAAUGAACACAGACGUGAGAACCAAACAAAGUACCAAUGAAAUGGGGUAAUCUAGUAUAGUUUGAGUUUAUGGGUCAAAAACCAGUAGAAUAUUUUCUUACAAACAAAAAGUCCUACAGCCUGCAACUCGACCUUCGAGCUUGAUCCACAGGAGUGUUUUAAUUUGCUUGAUCAGAUAUUUUUCUCUCUCAAAAUUUACAAUUUUGUUGACUGGUGAGAUUACAUUUUCAGACUCAUAAGAAACUACUACCUUCAUCUAAAAAAAAACGUUAUGACUUCAUUUACUUAAGUUUUCAGUUUUCAACCUUAUUCACAUCAAAGUUUCAUCAAAGUUUACUAUAUUUUCACAAGGAAUAAUCUGUUUGUUUUUGUAUCGCAUACCACCCUACUAUGUUCUCCUUUCCAAAGUUGCAUCUAUGUUCCGGUUGUUCACACAGCAUUAUUAUUUAUUUGUUUGUUUAUGAAUACUCCAAGGACAAAAAUGUCCUUCCCUGGUCACCUUUCCAGCCUUGUACCCGCCUGAAAAUGUAAGUGUGAUUUUAUUCUGAAAUUCACCUGCUUUAAUCUCAUGCGACUGUCAACUCCAGUAAAUUCCUUGUGAUGGGCCGGUUGACACUGGAUGGCAUUUAUAGUCUCACAUCACUUCUAAGAAAGGCAGAAAGAACGAGCGACAGAAAGAGCAAGAAAAAAAAACAUUUCUGAGGUGUUUUCAUUACAGGGCACACAUUUUCACAAUUUUUUUUUCGAAUGAGCAAAUGCUCAUGAGCAAGCAAAUAAAAUAUCAAUUUCGCCCAAGAUGCCCCUAUUGAUACAU